AUGCUGUGGAUUGCAAGUCUCUGGCUCCUCUGGGCCUCGUCCAUCCUCGGAGCUCCGGUAAACAAACAGAGACAGAAGGUGCUGCUGAUCUCCUUUGAUGGAUUCCGGUGGGAUUACGACCGUGAUGUGGACACACCGAACCUCGACAAAAUGGCCAAGGAUGGAGUCAAAGCCCUGUAUGUCACACCUCCUUACCUCACUAUUACCAGUCCUACACACUUCACCCUCUUGACAGGCCGCUACAUCGAGAAUCACGGCGUAAUCCACAACAUGUGGUUCAACACAACCACCACUGAGAAGAUGCCUUACUAUCAGACUCUGUUUAUAAAUGAGUGGUGGGACAAUGGCACUCUGCCUAUCUGGAUCACAGCGCAGAGACAGGGCCUAAAAGCUGGCUCUCUUCACUUUCCUGGCACGGCUUCCAGUUACCAGGGACAGGUUGCUAUGGUGCGGGAGUGGGAGCCACCGCUAUACAACUACAAAAACGAGACCACUUGGCGAGAGAACACAGACAAGGUGAUGGGCUGGUUCAGAGACCAGGAUCUGGACUUCAUCUCCUUUUACUUUGGUGAGCCAGACGGCACAGGACACAGAUACGGCCCCGACUCCCCGGAGCGCCAGGAGAUGGUCAAGCAAGUGGACCGAACGGUGGGCUACAUUCGACAGUCAGCUGAACAACACGGGCUGAGCGGCCACCUGAACAUCAUCAUCACAGCAGACCACGGAAUGAGCACGGUGUACCGAAAUGGUCUUGUGGAAGAGAUCACCCUGACCAAGAUCCCGGGCUUCUCGUUUGGGGACCUGUCCUUUCACCUGGUGGACUAUGGCCCUUCUGGGAUGCUGUUGCCGAAGCCGGGCAUGCUGGAGAAGGUUUACAACGCCUUGAAGGGGGCCCAUCCACACCUCCAUGUGUUCAAGAAGGAGGAGAUGCCAGAGAGGCUCCACUUCGCCAAAAAUGAUCGUAUCCUCCCCAUCAUUUUAUGGGCCGACCCUGGAUAUGUAAUCAACGGGUAUUUUCCGGUCCAGUUCAACAAGGGUGAGCACGGCUUUGACAACGAAGACAUGGAAAUGAAGCCCUUCUUCAGGGCAGUGGGUCCAGCAUUUCACAAGAACCUGGAGGUGGGGCCCUUUGAGACAGUGAACAUCUACCCCUUGAUGUGUCAUAUCUUGGGCAUCCAACCAGAGGUCAACGACGGCCACCUGAAUGCCACCAAACACAUGCUAGUUACUAGCGCUACUACUCGGGAUAAAAAUAUGAAUUUACUGCAAAAUGUCUUUACCGGACUGGCUGCAGUGGCUGGAUUUCUUGUUGUAGUUUUUAUAGUGAUGACGUCCCACAAAAUACUCAAGAACAAACGCAAGAAUAAAAGGUACAGAGUCAAUUAA